ACUCCUGCACCCCACCCACCCCCGAUUCACAUCCCCUUCACCUCCUCUCCUCUCCUCUCCUCUGCCGACGGGAUCUCUCCCUUUCUCCGAUCCAUGCCGGGAUCCUCCGCCGUGUGGCCGCACACGCGUGCAGCCUUCCUCCACCACCCGACCGACCAGGCCCAUCCCGGCGGCCAGCCCGGGCUGCUCCCCGCCGCGGCAUGGGGGCAGGGCGGCGCGGCGGCCCCGAGGGCGAGCAUAGUGGCGGCGCGGGCGGUGCAGACCAACAGGCAGCAGGCGCGUGGGAGGAGCAGUGCUGCCGAAGCCGGCGCUAGGAACAAGCUGAGGAAGCCGCCGGCUGGAGGAGCUGGAGGUGCAGCGGGGAUCCACGGCUCCGCGCCCUGUCCCCAGUCAGUCCCCUCCAAAUCUCGCCGCAGCCGCCACAGUGGUUUAGCAUGGUGGUGCGAAAGUGUUGCGGCUUGGUUUGUGAGCUACAGACCUUAUCAAGCAGCAAAGUCAUCUCACAUAUGCCGACGACGAAGAUCCAUAUUUAUUGGCUGAGGGAGCAACAACACAAUUCUGAUGAUUCUGCCAAUGUUGCUUGUUUGUUCUAUUGUCACUGUUUGUUUGAUGCUCUUUUGGCAGCCAGUGUCAUAAUUGUACUUACGUCUAAAUUGCUCUCUUUUCAGAUUUACUUGCAAGGACCAGAGGGUAUGCUGAUGCUGCGCAGGCACUUGAGCUAUUUACAGAAGGAGGGGACCCGACUUUCUUCAUGUCUUGUGGCUGUGUCUUCCUUUGAUUCAUUCGUGCAACAAAGAGGGGACCUGGCCUUCUUCAUGUCUCGUGCAAAAAGGGUGAUUGACACUGACUACGACAGCCUGGUGGGCGUCGUGCUCUUCAACCACUUGAGGUGGACUUCGACGUGAAGCCCAGCGACCGCGCCGCACGGAUGAUCGUCCAUGUGAUCACGAUGCCGGAUGUCGCCGAGGUGGAGGACCUCGACGCCAUCUUUUUGCGUGAGGGAGGAUUCGGGUCCUCCGGCGUCUUAACUCCAAGCCUUGGUAGAUACAUGUAGAGAAAUAAUCUGUUUAGGCUGGUGGUGGAACACUAGGGAAGGUAGCCACCUUCGGUUGUGUGUGUUUAAUUUAUUUUGCACUGGACGUGUCCCUGAUUUCUAUCUAUGAAUAAUGCACGUAAUUUUUAUUUUUUUAAUUUA